AUGCUGCAGUCUGUACUUUCACUGAUCCCUAACUUCGCCAUGACUUGCUUCCUACUGCCCGUGAGUCUCUGCAAGCGUAUCCAGUAUGUCCUCACCAGGUUCUGGUGGGAUCAAAAACUAGGAGAAACCAAGAUCUGUUGGGUCUCCUGGGAGAAGCUCACGCAACCGAAAAGCCUUGGGGGUCUUGGCUUCUAUGAUAUUCAAGCUUUCAACCAAGCUUUCCUUGCUAAGUUAGCAUGGAGAUUGAUAACAGCUCCAGACUGUCUCUUCUCGCGGAUCAUCCUCGGUAAAUACUGCCACAAGACGUCCUUUCUGAAGGUAGAAACCAAUACAAGCAUCUCUCACGGAUGGAGGGGUAUCCUCAAAGGCCGAGACCUUCUCCUCCAACAUCUUGGUAAAGUUAUUGGCAAUGGAGAGACUACGAGUGUCUGGAACGACUCUUGGAUCCAACCGAAGAAAAAUCUGAAACCCUUUGGCCCAGUCUUCGAACAAGAUAAGGAUUUGAUGGUGGCUGACAUCCUCACUAGAGAAACAAAGGAGUGGAAUGUGGAACGCAUUAACAGGUUGCUCCCGGAACUAGCCUCCUUUAUCUUUUCCAUCAAACCAAGCGUUCUUGAGAAUCGAGACUCCUUCAUAUGGCCUCUUCAGAAGUCAGGUGUCUACUCGGUUAAAUCAGGCUACUUCUCCCUUCAGGAGGCUCAAAUCACCAGGAACAAGCUCCUCUUUGAAAACCGCCUCUCAACUACCACGGAGGUCUUCCACCUAUCGAUUCGAGCGCUGAAGGAGUGGGAGCAAGCCCAAAUCGCAAAUCCUACGCUGUCUGGUCCCAGACUGAAGCCUCCCCUGCAACUCUCACCACUCCCGGAUUCCACGGUCUUCUGUAAUACUGAUGCUGCCUGGAAAUCAGACUCCGCGGGGAUCGCAUGGAUCUUUACGGAUUCAUCUUCGACUGUUUUGCAGCAAAAGGCUCUGUCUCUGAACCAUGUCUCCUCCCCUUGCAUGGCUGAAGCAAUCGCCAUCAGAGGAGCGCUCCUCAACGCCGCUUCUCUACACUUCACUAACAUCUAUCUUCGCUCAGAUUCACAAGGGCUCAUCAAAGCCAUCAACCAGAAAGUUUGGACUAUCGAUCUGUAUGGAAUCCUUUCAGACAUCGACUAUCUUGCUUUCUCUCUAUAA